AUGUCGCGAAAGUUAGAGAGAAUGCGACCAGUUUGGGUGCCGGGUACAAAUUGUGGCUAUCAUGCUCUUACAAUCGGAUUCCUUAUCGAUCAAAUUGUCCGAAGGAUCGAUGAGAAGAAAAGGGGUAUUACGGAGUUUCUUCGUGAAGAAAUUCUUGAUAAAUACGGUGAGUUGACUAAUCUCUUCAAAUGCAGCAAACAUGAACUUUAUAAUAAACUCGAGAACCGUCUGUUGCCAAUGCCUUCGAAUAUGGGAAUCGCGAGUGCAAGAGCUGUUGCAAAGAUACAUUCACUGAUUGCAGAAGGAAAGUUAUUAUCGAAAGCAUUUCUUUCAUCGAUUGAACAGCCUCAACUGGUUGAUCAAUUCGACAUAGUUAACGGAUAUCCUGAAUCUAAGGGAUUCGGGUGGCAGUACACGAAAAAUAAAUUGGUGCCGUUGAUUGGAGUGAUCCAUGUGGAUGAAAAUAACACGAAAUUGCAGGGUAACUGGAUCUUUGGCCAUUCGGGUUAUGGAGGUCAAAACGUUCGUGUUGAUGUACAGUCACACCUUGCGUUUGCAUAUGUCUGCAAUGGAUUGAAAGCGGGGGAUGCAGACUGCGUGGAUACUUUCACUCGACUUCAAGAUGCUCUCUAUGAAUGUCUUAAGAAUGCCAAUUAA